AUGCCAUUCUUCGAUGGGAGACUACACAUUGAAGACUAUCUUGAUUGGGAACGCGCCGUAGAAAAGUUUUUUGAUUAUAUGGAGAUCGAGCCGGAAAAACAAGUCAAAUAUGUCUCCUGUAGACUCAAAGGUGGAGCGAGCGCUUGGUGGUCACAGCUGCUGCAGUCUCGGCGACGGGAAGGACGUGGGCCUGUUCAUAGUUGGGUGCGAAUGAAACAACUCCUGCGUGCGCACUUCCUUCCCACCGAUUUUGAACAUAUGCUAUAUUUGAAAUAUCAGCACUGCUCGCAGGGCAACCGAUCCGUUAGUGAAUAUACGGAAGAGUUUUACAGUUUGUCGGCUCGAAACGAUAUGAAUGAAACUACCAACCAGUUGCUGGCACAGCAUUGGCAAGUCAGUUCCCACCGUAGAGCCACGGUAGAGACUGGAGCAGAAACUUCAAAGCCACCAGGAACAGUCAUCCACAAGACACCCCCACCGAUUGAUAAUAGUGGUUCAGUGAAUCCGGCAAAGCAGAGCACUGAUCCUAGGCUGCCUGCGAAACCGAGAGGUCUCUUUAAAGAAAAUCCUUAUCCACGACCACAGGGACUCAAAUGUUUCAGGUGCUUUCAACCUGGACAUAAGUCCAACGAAUGUCCUACUAGACAGCUACAAAUACUUGAUGAUGAAGGUGAACUUGAACAAGAGCUUCCAGAGGAGGAGCGCCACACCGACGUUGAAGAUGUGUUUGCUGAUGAAGAUGAACCUUUAAUAUGUGUUCUGGAAAAACUGCUACUAGCGCCAAGAAAGCAGGUCAAUUCGCAGCGACAUUCAAUUUUUAAAACCAAGUGCACCAUAGGCGGGAAAGUGUGCGAUUUACUUGUGGAUAGCGGAUGCACUGAGAACGUGGUUUCUCGUACCGUUGUGCAAGCAUUGCAGCUUAAGACUAUGAAGAAUCCACAACCAUACAAGAUUAGCUGGGUUAAAAAAGGCAUGGAAAUUAUGGUGACUGACAUGUGCCGAAUUCAGUUCUCCAUUGGAAAGCAUUAUUCAUGUGAAGUGUUGUGUGAUGUAGUCGACAUGGAUGUGUGUCAUUUAAUUUUGGGUCUCCCCUGGCAAUUUGACGUGGGCGCCAUUUAUGAUGGGCGUGCCAACACCUAUUCAUUAGACUGGAAGGGCAAACGGCUUUGUCUACUUCCGCAUUCAUCUGCCCAGGGAGACAAGUCGGGACGGUGCCGCCAACUCUACAUUUCGUCACAGCCAAGCUUGAGUCCCUGUGCCGUUCCGGCGUUGUUGGUUCCAAAGAAGGACGGUACAUGGCGGUUGUGUAUGGACAGUCGCGCGAUCAACAAAAUUACCAUCAAGUAUAGAUUGCCAGUGUCACGGGUGGAGGAGCUGCUAGAAAAGUUGGUCGGAGCCACCAUCUUCUCAAAGCUGGAUCUUCGAAGUGGGUACCAUCAAAUCCGUAUCCGCCCGGGCGAUGAGUGGAAGACGGCAUUCAAGACCCGCCAUGGCUUGUAUGAGUGGAGAGUCAUGCCCUUUGGGCUAUGCAAUGCACCUUCCACUUUCAUGCGGCUAAUGAUGGAGAUCCUUAAACCAUUCAUCAACGAUUGCUGUGUCGCCUACUUUGAUGAUAUCCUUGUAUAUAGCACAUCAACGACCCAUCAUCUGGAGCAUUUGUCAAAAAUAUUCACUGCCCUCCACCAAAAUCAACUCUACUUGAAUCCAAGUAACUGUGAAUUUGCUGCCCCUGCUGUCUACUUCCUGGGUUUUGUAGUUUCAUCUGCAGGCGUGCAAGUGGACAAACGCAAGGUGGACGCUAUCACCAUGUGGCCGACUCCCCGCUUAUUCACGGAUGUACGCAGUAUACCUCUUCAUGUACUUCUCUGA